AUGGGGCAAGAUAGCGAAGGAAAGGCGCCUACGGAAGACGUGAAGGUAAGUAUCGUAACUUCCUACAUUUGCACUCCUAGCCUACGGACAGGGAAUGUUGCUAUUACCGGCCGGUUAAAGAGCGGCAUGGCGAUUGAGGAAGACCAACCGUGGACGAUUGGGGAAGCCAACCAAGAAAGGCACGGAGGGAAGACUGGAAGGUAUGGCUGUGUACUUCGUCCACUUACUCUCCAUGCCUAGCUGUAGUGCCGGUAGCCGUUACGGGCCGGUCAUGGAGUGAGCUGACGAUUGUGGAGAGCCAACCCUGGAUGAUUUGAGAAGCCAAACGAGGAAGGCACGGACGGUAGACUGGAAGGUAUGACUCUGUACUUCGUCCACUUACUCUCCAUGCCUAGCUGUGGUGCCGGUAGCUGUUACUGGCCGGUCGUAGAAGGAGCUGUCGAUUGUGGAGAGCCAACCAUGGGCGAUUGGGAAAGCCAACCAAUGAAGGCACGGACGGAAGACUGGAAGGUAUGACUGUAUACUUCGUCCACUAACUGCCCAUGCCUAGCUGUAGUGCCGGUAGCCGUUACUGGCCGGACAUAGAGACAGCUGUCGGUUGUGGAGAGCCAACCGUGGACGAUUGGGGAAGCCAACCAAGGAAGGCGCGGACGGAAGACUGGAAGGUAUGACUCUGAACUUCCUACACGUACCCUCCAUGCCUACCUACAGUGCCUGUAG